GCCUACAAGAAUCAAUGUCGACUGAACACGGAGGUGAAGCUACUCGAUAAAAAUAUACACGAAUUUGGUCGUCAAUUGGAGAUCUGGAAGAGAGAUAUUUCAGAUGUCAACUCAGCUUUAAAGGAACUCGGGGAUACGGAAACUUGGUCCAAGAAGCUAAAGCACGAUUCCCAACUUGUUUUUAAUGUAUUUCAAUCAAUAAACAACUGA